ACAAAGGGUUAAAGCGGUAAACAUAACGCCUGUAGAGGAGUUGUCGGCGUUUAACCGUUAGAUUGAACCUAACGUCUUCCAUCACGGCGUGCCAUGGGCGAAGCUUCCACAGCUAAGGCUCGGUGGGAACUUGAGAACAACAUUCAGCCCACGACCUCCGAGGAUGUGGAUGCACUCUUCAAGUAUGACGCUGCCGAGCAGCAGCUGGCGCAAAGUUGCAGGCCAUGGGCAAAGGACCCCCAUCAUUACAAGCACGUGCGCAUGUCGGCCCUCGCACUUCUCAAGAUUGCCAUGCAUGCCCGGUCGGGGGGAAACCUGGAGGUUAUGGGCAUCCUACAGGGCAAGGUCCAGGGUGACACCUUCAUCGUGAUUGACAGCUUCGCUCUCCCCGUUGAGGGCACAGAGACGCGGGUAAACGCACAGGCGGAGGCGUACGAAUACAUGGUGGAUUUCCUGGACACAAAUAAGUCGGUUCAUCGUUUGGAGAACGCCGUGGGUUGGUACCACUCACACCCCGGGUAUGGGUGCUGGCUGUCCGGAAUUGACGUGACCACGCAGAUGACGAACCAGCAGUUCCAAGAGCCCUGGUUGGCCGUGGUGGUAGACCCCAUGAGGACGAUGGCGGCGGGGAAGGUGGAGAUUGGCGCGUUCAGGACGUAUCCCAAGGACUACAAGCCUGCUGACGAGGGGCCCAGCGAGUAUCAGACCAUUCCACUGGACAAGAUUGAGGACUUCGGUGUUCACGCCCGCAGCUACUAUCCCUUGGACAUCACUUUCUUCAAGUCCUCCACGGACAGCCAUCUCCUUGACCUGUUGUGGAACAAGUACUGGGUGAACACGCUGUCCGCCUCCCCGCUCAUCUCCAACCGGAACUUCGCGGUGGGUCAGGUGGCGGAUGUAGCCGAGAAGCUGGAGCAGGCGGAGUCGGGGCUCACACACGGGGGCAGGUUCAGCAGGUGGGCUGGCGGCGGUGGCGGCGGCGGCGGCGGCGGCAGCGGCGCGGACGAGAGCGCCCUGGCCAAGAUCUGUCGCGACACCUCCAAGCUGGCGUCGGAGCAAAUCAAGGGACUAUCCACGCAAGUCAUAAAGCACGCGCUGUUCAACUGCCGACUGGCGGCACCGGCACCGGCUGCCCCGGCGGCGACGGCCGCGGCGGUGGCGCCAGUGCCCAUGGAAACGUGA